UGUUCAUUUUCGCAGUUUAUAAAACCGCCUAAAAUAUCUUCAAAUAAUCUUUUAAUAAAGUGAAAAUAGUGUUUUUCCCUCAGCGUUAGAUGAAAUUGACACAAUAGCGCAUAUAAAUUAUAUUCACACAAAAACAGCCAACUGUCUUCCAAUUUUUUUGGCAAACGACGAACUGAGGUUCCGAAGAAUAAGGUGCAAUGCUACAGUACUCUGUUAUUGUGCCACCAACAAUACCAAUCUUCCUGUACUUAUGACUACGCAGUUAGUAGAAAAUAAAUGUGAGGGGGGAGAAUGGACAUGUUCACCUCCUAAGGAGUGCUGCAAGCAAGGCUGCUGCUUCCUUUUUAAUCAACCUUUUGCUAAAGGAUCCGCAGGAGCUUCUCUUCAACAUGGGACAGUUUUCAACCCUCUAUUUCUGGGACAUUGGUAUUUCUGGCUUGCUGUGACAGCAACGGUAGCUGGUAUUCUCUGCGCUUGCUCACUUUGGAGGAAGCACAAUCAAGGCAGAUUCUGUUGUAAGGAUCGUAGUCGAGAUGAAAGAGCUUCUGAACAAGACUCAGUUACUUCGUGUUGCCCUCCACCUCAAUAUAGUAGAUGUAAUAGCUUCCAUCAAGCACCGCCGCCUUAUUCCGAGGUGACCUCCAAACCUGAUUUAUACCCUCUAGUUAUUAGCUAUAAUGCUGAACCAGUAACAAAGAGUAACAACAGUUCUACUGGCUAUUUGAUGGUACAGUAUUUUAGAAAUUUCAUCGUGAGGCCUGCCGGAUCACUAUCGGCAACCAGUACGAUAGACUCCCUAAGCUCCAGUUUCCUAUGCAACGCUGUUAACGAGGCGAACUCUAUUAUACCUCCUCCUUAUUCUCACAUGGGUAGCUUAGAAGAGAUAACAACUGAACAACUAAUACAAAAUGCACAACAACCACUAAAUCAACGAAAUUUACCACGUUCUGCAUCUUCUACAUCUAGCAGGGAUUACUUUCAGCUACAACAGAAUUCAGAAAGUCCCAAUCCGAGUAUAUAUUCUCAAUUAAGCACUCCUUGCUUAGCACCAGUUACUCCAGCACAUCAAUUAACAAGAACUCCAUCGCCAAAACAGCACCAGGUUCUCUCAAUACGAAAUAAUCCUUGCUACGUCGAAAAUAGCACAACGAAUAAUAACUUGGAUACAUCUAGUUCAACAGUGCCAAAUGAAUUAGGUAUUACCAGAACAGGUACAACACACAUAGUCACACAAUGCACCUACAAGAAAUUACCGAAAGGUAGAAUAGAAAACAAAAGUCAAAAUGUCUGUGAUGUUCCGGCUAUCGCUUCCACAAAAACGAAGCAGCUGCAGAGACACAAAAUAACCAAGGAAGAUUCGGGAAGUCAAGAAGAUGAUCCCAACUUUUCUGAUCUAUUGAAUCUAUCGGUGUGCUUACCGAGUAGCGUUCCCCACUUUGAAAAUCCUAUCCAGACUGUACGCGAAGAUCUUCAGUAUAGUGUUACUAACAGUAUAGGUUCAGAUAUUAGCAGUUUGGCAAAUAUGGGUUCACCAGGAUCUCCGCCGCGAGCGACUAGUCCCACUGUUGAAAUGAGAGAAUUAUUGGACAAAAUUCAACAAUUGCCCCAACAAAAAAGUCCAAUACCUCCACAGCCUCAAGCUGAUCAACAACAGGCAAGAAACUAUUUUCAUAAAGUGAAAUCAAAGACCCUUUAUAUGCCUUUGUGCGAUGAAACUCCAACAACAUUGAAAAGUAUUUCAAACGUGUUUUCAAGAAGUUGGUUAUCAAGAUCAGCACCAUGCACACCGUGUGGUAAUUUUGUACCAAAUUUCCAGGUUAAUCAUCACAAGGGUAGCCAAAGGGGCAGCAAAUCUAAAAUUUCUGACGGCAGUCCCCUACUCAGGGAAGAAGAGUCUGAAGAUGAACCUCACCGCGACCCUAGGUCAUGAUGGGGUAUCAAUGUAGAUAUGCGUAUUUUAUAGAUCAAACGAAUUUUUUUGAGCUUUGUAUUAUUACCAAAUUGAGAUAGGAGAAUUUCUUCAGAAAAAAAGCAGAUUCACUAUAAUUUAUACUUUUAAUUAUUCGAAACUUUAAAUAUUCAGAACAAUUUUAUGUAUACUGGAUGCGACAAUCAUAAUGUGUUUUUCAUAAAGUUUAUAUUAUUCAUGUGCCUUCUUACAAUCCUCGUCAACAACAGCUUUUUAAUCAAAUGUCCUCUCAAUCAUCUAUUGACAGUUUUUUAAUACAGCGAAAUAUAUAUACUCAGGAGUUUUUAAUGUUGGACAAAAACUAUUAUUUCUACUUAUCUACCUUAUAACGUUUACAAAUCAUGAAUUGCUAGUGCCGCUGUGGCAUUGGAAACUAGAGAAAUGACAGAAAACCAACAUUGCUCUCAGUAUAUAGAGGGUGCAGAGAAGGAGCAGUAUCUUUUAAGGGUGAAAUGUUUAAAGUGUCCAGAUGUAUAUAAUAACUAAUAGUUCAAACAAUUUCCAGAAUUGUACUGGUGUAGACAAAGGAUGAAUGGAAGUAUGCCGAAUAAAAUAAUAUCAUUUUUGACUCAAGUAGUUCAUUAAUGAAAAUUUUAAUGACUUGUACAAAAUAAUAUAGUAAAUAUAUCCUAAAAGAAAUUUACCUUGAUGGUAACGUGGCGCUACCCUUAUUUACUGCAUUUCGACGUAUACAUUUCACAUACACAGAUUGUUCUCCUUUUCCUUACCCUCCAUAAAACAGUAGUUUCAAUAAGAAUUUAUAUUUUGCGUUAAAUUACAAUAAUUUUUCAUUCAACAUAUUCUACGCCAAAAUUCAUAUAGAAUUAAAGACAAUUUGAACGAAGUACUUACAUGUUUUGGUAUAAAUUCCAUUACUUUGAAAAAAUUAACUGAGGUGGAAGAAUUAACUAAAACGCCGAACAGAAGAUUUUAAAGCACCACAAGUAUAAUUUAAUUAGUAAAGUAUGUCAUGAUAUACCCUUCUGAUAUUUUUGCAAAAACAUAUGUUAAAACUCUAUUAAUUUUUUUUGCUCUUAAUGAAUAAGAAUUCAGUCAUUCCAUUACAUAUAUGAGUGUCCUUCUAUCCUACACGUACAAUUCAUUCUGAAAUAAAUAUUUUUUCAAAUAGGAUCGCUAAACGUAUUGAUUAAAUAUAGAUAAAUACAAUUCGCAUGUUUGAACGAGCUUUUUUAGUGCCGUAUUUUUAUCGCUUGAAGAACCAAGAAAUUGUCCCAUUUACAAAAAUGAAUCCAGCUUAAAAAAAUCAUAAAAUAAAUUUCAAAAUAAAACCCUUUCAUGUAUAAUAUAAAGUAUUGAAAUAUUUGUUUUGCUAGUUUUUGUUUAAAGAAGUUUGAAUAUGAAUUUUUCAAAUUUGUUGCUUCAGAUUGUUCUCAUAAAUACGAUUAUUUUAAAUAAUUUGAAAGUUGAUUAAACUGAGUUCGGUGUUCUGAAAUCCAACUGUAUUUUUUUUUUUAAUAACGACUUGUCACACUUCCUCAGCAAUUUGCUGGGAAACAUUCACCACCUCUGCGGAGUCCUGCUUUGCAGAGGGGCUCGGACGGUUGGAGUGUCCUUCUAGUCGUCUACGGCCCUCUUUGUCACUUAUGGCAUCGUUCCUGGAACAUACUUCAUGAGUGACGGGCUAUCAGUGGUUUCCUUUUACCCUACGUCUCCCUUCCCCUCUCGGGAUUAGGAGUUCGGGUUCCUUUCUCUCUACUGUCUUUGUCUUUCAUCUUUUUCCUUGUUGCUGAGAAUACUCUUAGCCAUGUUCUGCACCGAUUUCCAGUUCUCUGAGCUGUCAAGCAUCAUCUCUACAAUGUUGUCUGGAGUGAGCUCGCAUUCCAGCUGUCUGCAAGUCCUGUCUCUGACCUCUCUCCACUUGUAGCAUACGAAGAUGGUAUGUUCGGCAGUGUCUACGUCGGCACAGUAUAUACAUCUAUCCGUGGUGUCUUUUCUGAACCGUUUGGCAUAACAUCGAAACACGCCAUGUCCUGUUAGGACCUGAAAUCCAACUGUAUUAGCAUAAUAUUAUUACAUUUUAUAAAAUAUACAAGAGUACUCUUCAGCAUGUUUAUAGAGCUACGUUUUGUUUUGAGCGCUAAAAAAUUAGACGGAUAUGGUUAUGAUAUGUAUCAAUACUCACACUUAGAUAAAAAAUUAGCAUUGAUGCUGGAUUGAUUUGAAUAUUAAAAUAUAUAGGUACUAACUUUAAAAAAAUUUUUUUCUGAAGAAUUUCUAUAUAAAAGUUCAUUAACAGAUUUGUUGGGCCUAAUUAACUUGUUGAUAUUAUGAAUUACAGUUGUUCAGCGAGUUAUCUGUGAUAUAGGUAACGUUUUACAACACAGAUUCAAUACCUACAUUUAAUGUAUACAUAGUAAAGUUCAUUCGAUAUUGAUAAUAUGUGUGCUUGUAUUGAUAUUUUGAGUAUUAUUUUUGAAAGUGCUCAUGCGAUUGAUCUCUAAACUGAUUCGGAAUCAGAACUGCGAACAAAACGUAUUAGUCUGUAAGAAAGUAAAUCGAUUUUACGUUAAAAAUCGAAUCAACCAGAGAUGUAUUAGGAGUAUAAAUACUUCGCGGAUGAAAUUAGUUGAUAGAAUUCAACACUUUGAAUUUUCAGUUUCAGUUCACAUGGAAUUUUAUGUUUCGAAUGUGCUAUUUUUAUUUUUAUCUUCUGAUUUUAUCCAACUACGUAACGAAUCUUGAAAUCGACUUAUGUUCGAUUAUCAAACCUGAAUUAUCCAUAACAGAUUCACUUCUUUGAAUACUGAGGCUUAAAAAGAUGUACACAAUUUUCUUCAAAAACAUUGAUAUAAAUAACAAGCUGAGUAAUGAAAAAUGGUUUAGUCCGAGUACUCUAAACACGAAUGAUUCAUGAACAUGUUCUGAAAUGUAUUUUUUGAGAUACAUUUUGAAUAAAAAAUAUUUACAAAUACAUACGGAAACCACUUGUUUUGUGUUUUAAUCCAAGGCUAACACAUAGAUAUGAAGUGCAUAAGGAAAUAUCAAAACAUCAUUCAUGAUUUAAUGAUUGUUAAUAAUAUUCUCAUAGCCUCAGCUACGUUUUUAAUACAUCACAUGAAUUUUUUUGUUCUCUAAAAGGCACAUUGGGUCUUAAAGGUUAAGUAUACAUAACAGGAUAGAGACGGAUCGUUCUACUUGAUAUUGUUGAAAGUAUCAAAUUAGGAGUAUUCAUUGAAUCAGCUACCUGCUAGAAUGGCUUCAAGGGUAUGGUUGUGAAUAAGUUUAUUUUUCUUGUAGCAAGGAAAUUCGCGAUAAAUUCUAUAACAGGCUUCCAAGCUUAAUUACAUAUUACUUUUUUUGAAUGAACUUCACUAUAUUUUUAUUUUUGUCAUAGAACAAUGGCCUAUAAUCGGCGUGUCAAAAAGAUAUAUAAAGAAAUAGAAAACAGUUGAAAAUAAUAAUUGUUGAAUAUUCAUUAAAAAGCUUAUCUCUAGUUAUGGCUUUAGAGGUAAUUAAAGAACCCGCACUAGAGGUAUUAAUUAAUCGAAUAUAGAUUUAUAUUUUUAAAAAGUUAUUUUGAUACAAUGGAUCUUGGAAAUGGCGAAAAUUUUUAUGAAUCCGAAAAAAAAUAUACAAAAGCUUUGAAUUGUGAGAGUUAGAACUCAUUAGAAUUAUUGGAAGUAACGAGAUUGACGACUUUGAUGUAAUCUAUUUUUGUAGAGGAUAAAAUCUUAAUUCCUUAAUGAACAUAUUCAUGUAGUUCUUACUAAAUAUGGCUAACUUCAUGAAAAUAACGGCAUAAAGGUAAGUUGGAUAAUAUUAAAGAAAAUGUUAGAAACAGCUUUAGUUCUAUAAACAUUUAUUUUCAAUUAUAACAUUGAUGUACCAAAAAAUCAUCAGUGAUAUAUAAUUAACAUUUAUUUAACAGUUACCUUUUUGCUUUUACUAAACACAAAUACACGACAGCUCUGGUAAAAAUAGACAAUUUUUUUAAUUCUACUUUUGAAUUGAAAACCUGUAUAAAAGGCGAAAGUAUUGUCUUAGUAUCAGAGAAUGAAAAACUCUUCAAGAUUUGUAACAUCAUUUCUGGAUUAUUUAUAUUUAUCGAAACAGUUCUAAACUACUACCAUUUCGUUAUCGACAUUUUUCCAUAAUUUUUAAGCCCAAUUGUUUCAAAAAUAAUUUUUAGAACUGUUUAGAAAUUUUAUGUGUCAGUCGUCCUCUAUCUACUCAGUUAUGUGUGGAAUCACAGGUAAUAUUUUACUUAAAAGCUUUUGUACAUACUCGGAAAAAUGUACUGAUGUUGACUUAAUCAAUUAUUGUCAAUUUUGUAUGAAAAUUCUACGUCUAUUGCACCUAUAUGCCCAUGAAUUUUUUUGACAAUACAAUACUUAUAUAUAUACCAAAAAAUAAUAGUUAGAUAGAGUAGUUUUGCUUUAUAUUUUGUUUUAAGGUAGUUUUGGAUAUUAAGCUAUAAAAAGUAAUGUCAAUUUUGUAGCUCAAAUUUUAUAAAACGCCACGUUUUAGUUCCUAAGUAAAAUACUUUAACAACACCUUAGAAAAAUCUCAUAGUAUUUUCUCACCAAACGAACAAUCAAAAUGUCAUGGAACAAACUACCCACUUUUAAAACAUAUUUUUUUUUUUGUAUCUUAUGGGUAUUUGAUAUGUUUAUAACUUUCUCGGGUUCAAUAUAUAUAAUGUCACAAAUAAUAGAGGAAGAAUGUUAACGGUAUAGUGAUGGAUUUUACUUUUAUACUUACCCAGAUAUCCAUUUCAAAGAGUCAAUAUUUUAUUUAUAUUACGAACAAAUCAAUUUAUAUAUAUAUAUAUACACUACAUCACUCCUCUCGACUUGCAACAUUCACUUAAUUUAAUUUUGAAAACAUGACUUUGACGCUAUUAUGUGUGAAUAUUACAGUAUUUUAAAGAAAAGUUUUAAUUUUAAAGUUAGUUAUGGUUUUACUACAUAAUUUAUUAUUGCGUUCAAAAAAUUAUGACGUGUGGGCGUAAACAACAGAUCAACAAUACAAAGUAAAGUUACACAACACGACAUAUGGCCAAGGAUACAAGAAAAUGUACAAAUAUCUUAGAUACCCAAGUCUUAAGUUAUCUCUGUACUAACUUUAAAGAACUAAUAAAUACUAUUCAGAGAAUAUUUGAUUUAAGCUAGUAAGACAUAUAUCUAGAGAGAAGUGGAGCUGGGUCUCAAUUUAAUUACUCUGUUAUUUAGUAACGUAUGUAACAAAAGUUUUCAGCAAAAUUUGUAGAGAAAUUUCGAAACAACAAUAUAAUAACACAUAGUUAAGAAGAAACAAAAUUUAAAUUGUACAUAAAGGGCGUAAUUUUUGCUUAACGCGUUGCAUCAUAUGCUGGGGUGUGAUUGAUAAUUUAGCGAAUUUUUGAAAUAUUUUACACUUUCCUACUCAAUGUUGCUUAAAGCUCUUCAAUAGUCUGCGGAACAUUUAGGGGAUUAUCCUCUUCCGGUACGAAUGUUAUGUUUUGAGCCUCUCAAUAAUCUCUGCUUAUACUGGCGUACUGACAAGAGGCUAGACAUCGUCAUUGAAAUGAUGUGUAUUGAUAUAAUCUACCAAGGGUAGACCCUUCACAUACCGGACAUAAGGACACGUAUUUAUGUAUGAAAUGCCUACUUGAGAUAUGACGUAACUUCAAAUUUCUUUUUUGAUUUAUAAUUCACUUCAUUGGGACAAUUUUCUACGUCAUCUGAUUAAAUCUAUCAUUGCCUUUAAAUUCUGAAUGUGAUAAGGUGGAAUAUUUUUCAUCAUCCAUAAUCACAACUCUGUUCUCUGUGAAGUGACGUCUUCUUAAUGCACGGCAGCAUAUCGAGAUUUUGCGCAACUGAUCUUUAAUAUAUUUUUGGCAUUUCUUCAUUUUCCGAUGUUUACCUCUCUUUCUCUUUGGCUUUCGACUGAUUAUCAUAUGGGAAACCCGAAAUCGGCGAGCUAUCCUUCGAGUUGAUGUUCUCAAUUUGUCUUCUGCACAUUCCACCAAUACAUUUGACUGGGCAUUAGUCUAAGUUUUAGCCCGCCCACUUUUUGGAAGGAUUACAUUCACUUUUUGCUUUAUAAACGGUCGACAGUGCACUAUUUUGUUCUCUAAAUAUAUUCACAAUGUCAAUUUUUGACAACCAUCCUACUGAACUGUAUAAAGUUUUUCGGGUUCUAGCUUGUACGGCAUAACAGAGUUGAAAUUUGACAAAAAUUGAAUUUUUUCCGAAAACUUUUGUUACAUCCGUCACAAAUAUUGAUAACAUUUUCUGAAAACUGAAUUCAUAUGUAUUAUAUAGCUUUUUGCCGAGUUAGACCACCAAUAAAUAAAUUCAGCUAGUUUAAUUCAUGUUAGAUUGUGAGAAUAGUAUCCUUCAGUUCCAUAAAUUCGCACAACUUUGAUGUUCAUUUUCAAUUGAGGAGUGGCACUAGUUUAACAAACAGCCGUACUUAGUGUGAUCAUUAAUCAUAUGGAAUAUAAGUGAAUAGUGAAUUAUAUCAGUUUUCGAAAAAAAUAGACUAAAUUGAACCAGUUAUUGUUACUCAUCAGUAAGUGUAGCAUGGAAAUGCUUCGACCAGGAAAGGAUGAAGGAUGAAGAUCAUUGGAAAAAUAAGAGAAUAUAAUAAAAAUGAAAGGAAAAAUAAUUUACGGGUGAUCCGAGGUCAGGAAGGGAAAGGGGGUGAGCUUUUAACGGCGAAAAACAGUUUAUCCAAGUUAAAAAGUAAAGUUGUGGGUAAUAAAAAGAUCUACAAUUUUUGUAUUCAUACUGUUCUCACAUAACCUCAAAAUUUAUGUGAAAGCUUUAUGUGAGACACACCGUAAUUUAUUUCAUUUGUAACUUUUGUUUUUGCACUUUAUUUUGACUUAAUAUCGAAAAACCCUCUUCAUUUUCAAUAGAAAAUUGUUCGGUCAAAAUAUCAAAAUUUUUUUUAAAAGUCGGUGAGUUAUUUGUUCGCUGAAAUCUCUUUCUGAUGGUGUGGGAAAAUAUUACCAUCAAUAUAGUGAUUUAUCCCAAAAAGGCAAAAAAAACGAGAAAAAAUUUCAUUUGAAAUUAUUUCAAGCAUUAUGUACAAAGAUUAUAUAUUUAUUGAAAUUAUAGAUUCUAAUUAUUCAUGUUUAUCAAUGUAACAUGGAAUCUCAUGUUUUUCUGUAAAAUUUUAAUAAACAACUAAAAAUUUUACAAUUGAUUAAAAAAAUUUGUAUGCCAGUUUUUUCGUUUUUCUUGCCUUUUCUGAGAAAUUUUACCAUGAUGGUGGUAAGUAGAGAUUACGAGGCUGGCCCACUUCGAAAGUAUUGACAGCAUCCCAGUUUUUUGACAUUAUUGAAAAUACCGGGGGUGGUCUACCUAAUCCCAAGCGUUAUUCUUUUUUCAAGUCAUCCAAAUAUUCUUAACAUCGUGAUGGUCAAUAUAUAAUCCUCACCUCUGUAUCUACCGAGUUGGAAAUAUGGCUUCGACGUACUUUCAGAUUAUGCAAUACGUGGUAGUGCAUCUUGUUGAGGGCAUAACUGUCCAAAGCUGGAACGACAUGGUUUCCAGUAAAUGCUGUCUUUAUAGGACAUUGCUUGUAUUCGUUUUUCAUCCAAAGAGAAUUUUUCGUAGAUACGUAGUGACAAUUUUGACACUUGUGACCGUUAAGUGAAAUAAAACACUAAUCAGGAAACUUUUUUCUAUAAUAUAGUUAUGUAACGGGUCCACUAUUCGCCCAUGCAAAUAUGUUUCCUACCAAAGUUCCACGCCAGCAUUUUGUAUGGGUGGGGUGCAUUUUCGUUUCUUCUAAUAUUUUGUUUUAUCUGAAUAUGGCUAACGUUCAAUGUUCUGAAUGCUUGUCAACUCGAUGUGUUGGGUUUUUCUCAAACUCAAGCAUGACAUCUAAUUUAUUAUCAUUAUUUAGUGCAUUGGAAACUCCAUAUUUAUUUGCUUAAUGUUUCCAAAACUCGUAAAACCUCUUAUCCAUUUUAUUGUAGUCCUCAAAUCCGAAAAUUUCUCUUGAAAUCACUGAGAUUUUAUAAUUAUAAAGCAUUUUGCUAGGGUAUUCUUAACAAACUAAUAUUGCCACAGAAUCUGCUUAAUAUGUUUUUGAUAGAUACCAACCAAAUAAAACACUGAUAUGAUUUUAACCUAAAAAGGAAAAUAGGAGCUGAGAAUAUUGAAAUAUGUUUAGAGGAUAUUGUUGCGAGUUUUUAGAAUUAGAUUUUUUUUUGAUUUUUGCAAUAAAACGAUAAUUUCGAAAUAAACCAAAAUUAAUUGUGAGAGAAGUUGCAUUAUAUGUGAAUGAUUGUCAAUAUUUUUUAUUUGUUAAAAAUCGUUUAUCUGAAUUAUGUUUUGUUGUAUAUUACUAUUUUGUCAACUGACGACAUUCUCAUUUGAAUUUCACUGUUUGGAAGUAGGAACUUGUAAAUGUUUUAAAAAAUAAAAUAUAGAGUUCCCAAUCUUUAUCCUUUAUGUAUUGUAGAGAAAGUUAUGAAGUAUGUUUUGAAAAAAAUUCAUGAUUUUCAUUCCAUUGUAAUUUAUUUUGUAUACUAUUUUUUUAAAGUAUAGUGAAAAUCAUGUUAAUUACAUUCAAAUAAAUGUUGAAAUUACUACAGAAAUCAAUUUUUUGUUUUGUAGAUAUCAAUUAUAAUUUCCUCAAAUAAAGUAUUCUGGCUUAAAAAAUCAAGUUGACACAAGAGCUUAACGAAAACCGUCUUACUUUUGAUGUGUGCAAAAGGAAUUCUUAUUUUUUGCAGCGGCUCAAAAUCAUUUUUUAUCUUGUGUGAUGUGUAGAACUGUUAAGAUUAUAUUUUGGACAAUUUCUCAGACUAGAACCAUAUUUAAUAUUAUCUCUAUCUUUAUAUUUGAAGUCUCAGAAUACUGAUCAGAGAGUAGGGUAGAUACGAACGAAAUAAAUGAAAUUUUCAAGAAUAUUCAUAUUACGAGAAACUUAUUUUUAAUAAUUCAGAAAUUAGAUAAUCUAGUAAGAAUCGAUAGUCAAAGGCAGAUCAGCAGAAAAUCAACAAUUCUAAAGAGCAGAACAACCAUUUCAUUGUUCAAACAGCUCAAAAUUUAAUUUGUAGUAUUGUAUGCACAAUUAUAACAGAUAAAUCAACAUUUAAUUUGGCGAUUCUAUAUAUGUUUCUAGGCCCAUUAAACUGAGUCUAAUCUGAAUUAUUUGAUUGGUGGUACACAAUUAAACAACCUCCUAACCUACGAUAUGUUGAAAAUUGUUUUAAAUGUAUAAGGGGAAAACGGAAUUUCUCACUAUUCUAUCAUCGAAAGAUUCAAAUUCGACUUAAAAUUGAUGAAAAAAAUACUAAAUGAGAAAGCUUCUAACUAGUGUAACCUUCCGAUGGGUAAUAAUGUGAAUGACCUAGUGGAAACCACUAUUCAACUCUAAAUUGUUUGAGCUCUGAUCCCUUUAUAUCUUCAAUUCACUAUUUUAUUGUCAGUAAUUUAAGAGCAUGAACAAUACUAGAUCAGUUAAAUCAACAAAGAUAACGCAAAGAUGUAAACCCAAUAGAAAUGUGAAGAAUGCCUCAUUUUUGAAGAGUUGAUAUAUAUUUUUAACAGAAAUUGACUAUAAAUAUUUUUCAAUAUAAAAAAAUACUUUUGAACUAUUUGUAUAGAACAACCUCGAAAAUGUUCAGAAUUAAAAUUUUCCCUAAACUCCUAUCAUUCAUGUUUUUAAUAAAUAUUUCAGUUGGUGACUGUAUAAUUGGUAUUAGUAUUCAGAAAUAAAAAUGUAUAUUGAAUGUUUUAUUUGGUAUUUAAGUAGAAUUUUGUAUUGUACUGUAUAGAAAUCCUGAAUUGAAUGGAAGAAAAUAAUUUCUAUUUCUGCAAAUUUGAAAAAUCUCGUCACAGAUAGUACAAAUAUUGAUCUAAAAGAGUGUAAUAUGGUUUGACUAAGAGGUCACGCAGAGUUCAAGCACACAGAUACAAAUUGAGACAUUCGAGAGUGUAAGAUUUAGACGAAAAUAAAUUUUAAGUUGAUAUCCAACAAUUUACAUUUUUCUUCCUUUCUUCUUUGAUUAGCCGACAUCAAUCAUAUUUUCGUUAUUUGAUAAUUUCAAAAUAUUCGAUGGCGAUAGAUUGUGUUAUUAUAAUAAUAGCUAUUAGAAUUAAAGAAUUUAAAAUCAAAAUGAAAUAAUGUAGGGGGUGAUGACGUAGGGGUGACCAGGGGCUUUUUGCUAAUAAUAAAAGCACAAGAGAAUUACAAGAAAUUUGUAAUCAAAAUAAUGUAAUGUGUUCUGUCCAAUGUUAGUCAGCCUAGGCAAAUAAUUUUGUUAUAGAAGUUUGCUCGGAGGUGAUCAUUGAGUAAUGUUUGAUAAUUUUACAGAUAUAUUUGAUCAAACUAUCGAAUGAGUGAAGAACGUGCGCCUGUUCCUCUAAUAAAUGUAUCAGGAUAUGCUACAAGACUUUCUAUCUCAAUGUAACACUGCGGCCGCAAAAUUUAUCAUUAUUGGAAUUUGAUUUUUAUUUAUAUAAUUAUCGAGCAUUAAUCACAGUGAAAAGUUGAAAAGUAUUGAAUUCUUCCCAUUUAUUUCAUUGAUUUAGUAUGGGUUUUCAUAUCAAAGAUUUAACAGUAUUAACAACCAUAAUACUACUUCAUUAUCUUUAGAAUUGUAAAAAGUUUCAUUUCUUUUCAUACUUGAAUUUACAUACAUUUAUUAUAAUUAUAUUUUGAUAAAAUAUUCAAUUAACAAGGUAUAAAUGAUAAUAUCGACAAAAUGUUACAAAAAAAUAAUACGGGUAAUUAAAUAAAUGGAGUUUUUUUUUAUAAAACUCAGACUUCUUAUAAUUUCUUGAGUCAACUGUAGUAAAUAGGCUCAUCAUCAUUAGAAAUAUACAUCACAUUGUCAAAUUAUACCAAAUGAUAUAAAUUAUGUGCCCAAGGUGAGGAAAGACAAUUGGAUAGGCAUAUGGCAGACAUUUAGAUAUAAGUAAAUUGUUGUCUUUUCAAUUUGUUGAUUUAGUACCAAUACCUCUGUUAAUAUUAAGUCAUUAAUCCAUAAAUAUUGAGCAUAAGCAAGCGUUUUGUUUGAUGAACAGGACAGCUGGUUUUGCGAAUUUGUAAAUAUAGAAAUUAUUCUGAUAGUUUCUCGCUAUAAGAUGUUUGCCUGUAUUUCCAAUAUACAUACAGUCUACAUAUUGAGUAUUUUUUGUAUAUGUAUUUAUUGUUGAAUAUGAUAAGGUGACCUAAAUGAAAUAGAUUGUAUUUAGUAAA